CAGACCCGAGCGAAGGGCCCGGCCGUGGGGAUAGAUCUUGGCACCACCUAUUCCUGCGUGGCCAUCUGCCAGAAGGGCAAGGUGGACGUCAUCACCAACAACUACAGCAACCGAACCACACCCAGCUGCGUGGCUUUCACAGACCGGGAGCGCCUCGUGGGAGAACCAGCAGAGAUGCAAAGAGGCCUCAACCCAGCGAACACGGUCUUUGGCACCAAGCGCCUGAUUGGGCGUAGGUACGACGACCCUGCAGUGCAGAGCAGCAUGAAGCACUGGCCUUUCCAAGUGGUCAGUUGUGGCGAAAAGGUCCACGUUCAGGUGUCGUACAGAGGGAUGGAGAAGGCCUUUUAUCCCGAGGAAAUCUGUGCCAUGCUGUUGUCCAGACUUAAGCAGGUGGCGGAGACCUAUCUGGGCCGUCCGGUCUCGCAGGCGGUCAUCACCGUCCCGGCCUACUUCAACGACGCCCAGCGCCAGGCCACCAUCGACGCGGCGGCAAUUGCCGGGCUCAAGGUCCUGCGUCUGAUCAACGAGCCCAGCGCGGCUGCCAUCGCCUACAGCCUGACCAUCAGCCCCCACUGGAAAGCCAGGAGAAACAUCCUCAUCUUCGAUCUCGGCGGGGGGACGUUUGACGUCUCCAUCCUCUCAGUCCAAGACGGCAUCUUCAAAGUGUUGGCCACCACUGGAGAUACCCAGCUGGGCGGAGAGGAUUUCGACAAGCGGCUGCUGGAUCAUCUCGUGCAGGAGUUCAAGAAGAAACACAAAGAGGACCUCAGCCAGAACAACAAGGCUGUGCAGAGGCUGAAGGUGGCUUGCGAAAAGGCAAAGCGGGCCCUGAGCUCCAACGUGAGGGCCACCAUUUCCAUUGACUCCCUCUAUAAGGGUGUGGACUUCUGCACCACCAUCACCAGGGCCUGCUUUGAAGACCUCAAUGCGGACCUCUUCCAAGCCACUGUGGAGCACGUGGAGAGGGCGCUGGAGGACGCCGGGAUGAAGAAGACUCAGAUUCAUGAUGUCGUGCUCGUGGGAGGCUCCACCCGCAUCCCCAUGAUCCAGAACCUUCUGUCGAAAUUCUUUGAUGGGAAGGCGCUCGUCAAGAGUAUCAACCCCGAGGAAGCAGUGGCGCAAGGGGCAGCCAUCCAAGCGGCCAUCUUGACAGGCCACAGAUACCAGAACCUGCAGAAUCUUCUCCUCUUGGACGUGACCCCCAUUUCCCUGGGCCUGGAGACCAUCGGGGGUGUGAUGGACGUCGUGGUCAAACGUAACUCUCCCAUCCCAACCAAAGAGGCCAGAAACUUCUCCACCACUGAGGACAACCAAAGCAGCCUCUUCUUGCAAGUCUACGAAGGGGAGCGGACUCUGACCAAGCACAACCGCCUCCUGGGAACGCUCACGCUGAACGGCCUUCACCCCGCUCCCCGUUGCGUGCCGGUCAUCGUGGUCACUUUUGCCGUCGAUGACAACAAUAUCCUCACCGUUUCCGCUAUGGAAAGAAGCACUGGAAACAGCAACCAUCUGGUCAUUACGGACACCCGAGGCCGGCUGGACAGAGAAGAGAUGGAGCGCAUCUUGCGAGAGGAGGAGGAAUACCGAGAGCAGGAGGAGGCGGAGCAGGCGAAAGCGGAAGCCUUGAACUCAUUGGAGUCCUCCACUUUCCAGCUGAAGAGGGUGGCCGAGCAAGGGAAGUCGCUGGAUGACCGGGCCAAGAGGCGGGUGCUGGAGAUGUGUGAGGAGACCGCCUCGUGGCUGGAAGAAAACCGGCUGGCCCCAAAGAAAGAGUAUGAGGAGCGGAAGAGAGAGCUGGAGGACGUCUGCUAUUCCAUCAUCACACAUUUUAGCAAGGGGGAAGAAAUGGAGAGCCGGUGCCAGGGUAGGUAG